AUGGCUCUGUCACAGGCCGAACCGAAACCUGGAGACCUGAUUGAGAUUUUCCGCCCCUUCUACAACCACUGGGCCCUCUACGUGGGGGAUGGCUACGUGGUGCACCUGGGUCCUCCAGGUGAAAUCGCGGGAGCGGGGGUGGCGGCGGCCAGCCUCGAGUCCGCCCUAACCAACAAGGCCAGAGUGAAGAAGGAGCUGCUGUCCGUGGUGGCCGGGACAGACACGUACCGUGUCAAUAACAAGCAUGACGAGAAGCACUUCCCGCUGCAUCCCAGCAAGAUCCUGCGGCAGGCGGAGGAGCUGGUGGGGCAGGAGAUGCCCUACAAGCUGACCAGCGAGAACUGUGAGCACUUCGUGAACGAGCUGCGCUACAGAGUCUCCCACAGCAACCAGGUCACUCAGGAAGUCGUGGAAGUCGGCAUGGCAACAUGCCUCGUGGGUGUGGGCCUGGCCCUCACGGAGAUCAUCAGGUCCCUGCGGGACAGACGCUUAGCAGGAAGAGCGGCUUGGCAUUCAAAUACAAUUGUCGAGAUCCUAGAUGUGAGGAUAAGACACCAUUUAGAAGCUGUCUUCUUUGGCCCCUGA